UCCCUCAGGUUGAGAAGUCUCUCCAGCGUAUACAGAGUGGUCAGACUAAUGCUAUGUACACCUUGCAACAGAGCGUGGAGAAUAAGGUGUGUGUGUAUGGGUGUUUGCAUACAUGUGUGUGCUCUUUACUUCAGUGUAAGGUCUUUGGUGUUUCUCAUUACUUAGUUAUUCUGUGUUACCUUAAUGAAUAACUGUUUUCUAUAAACCCACCAGGUUGGUGGUGUACCGGGAUGGCAGGCCCUGCUGUCAGCCGUGGGGUUCCGGUUAGACUGUCCCGGCACCAGCAGUGGUCUCCCCGCUGCUGUCUUCUUCCCUAUGGCCGACCCUGGAGACCGGCUGCAGCUCUGCAGCACCACUCUGCAGUCACUACUAGGUAAUCAAUUAUUCAACCAAAUAAUCAACCAAUCAGACUGUCAGCACAGCACUAUACUCCAGUCCCUACAUGGAAAACUAUCAAUCAGUCAAUCUUCUCUGUCGUCCAGGUCUGCCUCAUUCAGCCUUCCAGGCCCUCUGUAAACUGGUCAGUGCUGCUGAGACUGGAGAACAGCUCAUAAACAAGGUAGGCCUCAAUGCACACAGACACACACACACAUACAUUGGUUAAUUUACAUGCUGUAUGCUCUAUUUCACGCAUGGUCACUGCGUGUCUCUGCAACUGAAUUGGCGGCUCGCGGCAAUCUGAAUGAAUGUCUUCCUCAGUCAGCUGAAUGGCCUGCUUACUUUAUAGAACUGUGGUUACGUGAAUAACCUUCGAUAUUCGCUAUAGCGGCUGGGGCAAAAACAGAUUUCUAGCGCAUCUUGAAAUUGUUUUCUUCCUACGAAUUUGGCUCAAUCUUUUGAACAAUUGCCUGAAAUCGAAGACUCUCAGGAACACGUACGUGUCAUCUGUUUCCAUCUAGGAUGCACACAAGCUGUUCAGGACUUGAAGACAGAGUGAUGUAUCUGCAGAGAAGGACUGGGGAAAUAAAUUGAUUCUCCACAGAAGAUCAAACAAAAAGAUUGCUUGAUGAUCAUUCUCUACGUUUACAGUACCAGUCAAAAGUUUGGACACACUUACUCAUUCAAGGGUUUUUCUUGAUUUUUACAUUGUAGAAUAAUAGUGAAGACAUCAAAACUAUGAAAUAACACAUAUGGAAUCAUGUUAUUUUUGUGGAAGAAUGGUGUUGCAUCCCUGCAAUAGAGUUCCAGACACCAGUAGAAUCUAUGCUAAGGCGCAUAGGAGCUGUUCUGGAAGCUUGUGUUGGCCCAAUGCCCUAUUAAGACACUUUUUGUUGGUGUUUCCUUUAUUUAGGCAGUUACCUGUAGCUUUACCUGUACGUACGUAUGUACAUGUGUGUAUAUAUAUAUAUACAGUACCAGUCAAAAGUUUGGACACACCUACUCAUUCAAGGGUUUUUCUUUAUUUUUACUAUUUUCUACAUUGUAGAAUAAUAGUGAAGACGUCAAACUAUGAAAUAACACAAAUGGAAUCAUGUAGUAACCAAAAAAGUGUUCCAAAAAUCUAAAUAGGGGCCUCCAGUGUGGCGCAGUGGUCUAAGGCACUGCAUCGCAGUGCUAGCUGUGCCACUAAAGAUCCUGGUUCGAGUCCAGGAUCUGUCGCAGCCGGCCGCGACCGGGAGACCCAUGGGGCGGCGCACAAUUGGCCCAGCGUCGUUUGGGCCAGUGACUCUAGCGCACUAGCGACUCCUGUGGCGGGCCGGGCGCAGUGCACGCUGACUCGGUUGCCAGGUGUACGGUGUUUUCUCCGACACAUUGGUGCGGCUGGCUUCCGGGUUAAGCUGGCACUGUGUCAAGAAGCAGUGCGGCUCGGUUGGGUUGUGUUUCGGAGGACGCACGACUCUCGACCUUUGCCUCUCCCGUGUCCGUACGGGAGUUGCAGCGAUGGGACAAGACUGUAACUACCAAUUGGAUACCACUAAAAAGGUAUCCAAGGAGAGUGAUGGAGUGCUGCAUCAGAUGACCUGGCCUCCACAAUCCCCCAACCUCAAUCCAAUUGAGAUGGUUUGGGAUGAGUCGGACGGCAGAGUGAAGGAAAAGCAGCCAACAAGUGCUAAGCAUAUGUGGGAACUCCUUCAAGAUUGUUGGAAAAGCAUUCUAGGUGAGAGAAUGCCAAGAGUGUUAUUUCAUAGUUUUGAUGUCUUCACUAUUAUUCUACAAUGGUAAAAAUAAAGAAAAACCCUUGAAUGAGUAGGUGUCCAAACUUUUGACUGGUAGUGUACAUAUUGCCUCAAUUACCUCGACUAACCUGUGCCCCUGCACAUUGACUCUGUACCGGUGCCCCCUGUAUAUAGCCUCCCUACUGUUAUUUUAUUGCUGCUCUUUAAUUAUUUGUUUUUUAUUUGUAUUUUUUAUUAAAUGUUUUACUUAUCUAUUUUUUACUUAACACUUAUUUUUCUUAAAACUGCAUUGUUGGUUAAGGGCUUGUAAGUAAGCAUUUCACUGUAAGGUCUACACCUGUUGUAUUCGGUGCAUAUGACAAAUACAAUUUGAUCUGAUGUUUUCCUGAACUUUCCAGUACCUUUCUGAUGCAUUUCAAUCACCCCAAAACAUAAUUCCUUCAGACUGGAAUUUGGCAUUACCUGAUUUGACAUAUCUUUGUGCUAUUACUAAGAUAAGGCCAGAUUACAAAGAUUCAUCAAAUUAUUUUUAAGUUUCUGAUAACCCCAAGUGUCCUAAAAUCGAGAAUCAAGUAGCUUGAUAAUCCAUGUUAAUAGUAUUUUAAAUAGCAUGUACAGUGGGGGAAAAAAGUAUUUAGUCAGCCACCAAUUGUGCAAGUUCUCCCACUUAAAAAGAUGAGAGAGGCCUGUAAUUUUCAUCAUAGGUACACGUCAACUAUGACAGACAAAAUGAGUAAAAGAAAUCCAGAAAAUCACAUUGUAGGAUUUUUUAUGAAUUUAUUUGCAAAUUAUUGUGGAAAAUAUGUAUUUGGUCACCUACAAACAAGCAAGAUUUCUGGCUCUCACAGACCUGUAACUUCUUCUUUAAGAGGCUCCUCUGUCCUCCACUCGUUACCUGUAUUAAUGGCACCUGUUUGAACAUGUUAUCAGUAUAAAAGACACCUGUCCACAACCUCAAACAGUCACACUCCAAACUCCACUAUGGCCAAGACCAAAGAGCUGUCAAAGGACACCAGAAACAAAAUUGUAGACCUGCACCAGGCUGGGAAGACUGAAUCUGCAAUAGGUAAGCAGCUUGGUUUGAAGAAAUCAACUGUGGGAGCAAUUAUUAGGAAAUGGAAGACAUACAAGACCACUGAUAAUCUCCCUUGAUCUGGGGCUCCACGCAAGAUCUCACCCCGUGGGGUCAAAAUGAUCACAAGAACGGUGAGCAAAAAUCCCAGAACCACAUGGGGGGAACUAGUGAAUGACCUGCAGAGAGCUGGGACCAAAGUAACAAAGCCUACCAUCAGUAACACACUACGCCGCCAGGGACUCAAAUCCUGCAGACGUGUCCCCCUGCUUAAGCCAGUACAUGUCCAGGCCCGUCUGAAGUUUGCUAGAGUGCAUUUGGAUGAUCCAGAAGAGGAUUGGGAGAAUGUCAUAUGGUCAGAUGAAACCAAAAUAUAACUUUUUGGUAAAAACUCAACUCGUCGUGUUUGGAGGACAAAGAAUGCUGAGUUGCAUCCAAAGAACACCAUACCUACUGUGAAGCAUGGGGGUGGAAACAUCAUGCUUUGGGGCUGUUUUUCUGCAAAGGGACCAGGACGACUGAUCCGUGUAAAGGAAAGAAUGAAUGGGGCCAUGUAUCGUGAGAUUUUGAGUGAAAACCUCCUCCUCCCAUCAGCAAGGGCAUUGAAGAUGAAACGUGGCUGGGUCUUUCAGCAUGACAAUGAUCCCAAACACACCGCCCGGGCAACGAAGGAGUGGCUUCGUAAGAAGCAUUUCAAGGCCCUGGAGUGGCCUAGCCAGUCUCCAGAUCUCAACCCCAUAGAAAAUCUUUGGAGGGAGUUGAAAGUCCGUGUUGCCCAGCGACAGCCCCAAAACAUCACUGUUCUAGAGGAGAUCUGCAUGGAGGAAUGGGCCAGAAUACAAGCAACAGUGUGUGAAAACCUUGUGAAGACUUACAGAAACAUUUGACCUGUGUCAUGGCCAACAAAGGGUAUAUAACAAAGUAUUGAGAAACUUUUGUUAUUGACCAAAUACUUAUUUUCCACCAUAAUUUGCAAAUAAAUUCAUUUAAAAUCCUACUGUGUCAUAGUUGACGUGUACCUAUGAUGAAAAUUACAGGCCUCUCUCAUCUUUUUAAGUGGGAGAACUUGCACAAUUGGUGGCUGACUAAAUACUUUUUUUCCCCACUGUAUAUGAAUCAACUUGAUAUCAUGUAUGAAUCAAUUCGACUUUGGGACUCCCCCAACCCCUGUUCUCCGAUGGGUAGGCUAUGGCGAUUGGCAGCUUGCCCAGUUUGGUUGUUUCACAAAAGUGGCUCCCCCAGAAAUAUUAUUGAAUAUGCAUGUGAUGGGCCUGGUAAUAUUUGCAUGGGGUCAAUAUCAAUAUCAUCAUAGCCGCUGUGAUUUUUAGGGCUUAUAAAUAGUGGUAGUCCUUGCAUGGUCUUCGUUUACAAGAUCUGUUACUUUCUAAUGGUCUGCUCCUAACAAUUUAAGUCCUCUAUCUCUUUCGCUCUUCCUCCUACCCACCACUUGAAGGCUGUUAAAAAUAUGGUGGGAAUGGUAAGUUGUGUGUUGUAUCAUUCUGGCACGAGAAACUCAUACUGAGGCAAAAAAGUAGGACAGGGCAGAAGUGACCUAAGCUACAAUAACCUGAUAAACUACCUCUCCCUGUCUCCAGCUCCACCAGGUAUUAGUUCAGCAACAGACAUGUGACAAGGAACAGGAGUUCUCAUUGGCUCCCAUCCAGGUGUCCAUUAGUGUCCAGCUGUGGAGACUUCCUGGUUGUCACGAGUUCCUGGCUGCGCUGGGUGAGUCAUCACCGCACUGAGAAUUAGAUAUACUUGUAUAAUAGCAGUGGCAGGCAAUCUCAUCUUUAGAGAGCCAGUGUGGGUGUGUCAAGUUAGAACCCAGGUCUCCUGCAUGUCACAAGACUGUGUUAGCCCAUUGAACUAAAGCCUAAGCGUUAGGUGUGUGUGUCAUUCUUUUCCCUUCUCUGUUUCCCUCCAGGUUUUGACCUGUGUGAGGCAGGACAGGCGGAGGUGCUAUUGAAGACUGGUAAACAGGCUAGCAGACGGACAAUGCACUUUGCUCUGCAGUCUCUACUGGCACUGUUUGGUAAGGGUCUCCAAGCCCUCUCUCUUAACUCUACAUUGUUACAGUAUGUAUUUUGGUCACAUAGCCUGGCAUCCAGACUUCCUAUACUUACAAUGUGCUUCACCAUUUCAUCUUACCCCUGUCUCACCUCUCCAUCUUCUCCUCUCUCCCUUGCAGACUCCACAGAGCUCCCCAGACGCCUCAGCCUGGACAGCUCUUCCUCUCUAGAGUCUCUCUCCUCCUCCCAGUGUGCCUCCCUUCCCCUCAACCUCCCCCAGCCUCCCUUCUCCCCCCCGCUUGGCGGCCCAGACAGUCUCUCCUGCGACGCAAUCUCCCUCUACAGCCUCAGCUCCCUCGCCUCCUCUCUCAGCUUCCUGUCCCGCCCUGAACCCGCAGGAAGUGAUGUCAUCAGCCAGCGCUCGCGGCAGCAGGAGCUGCACCGUGGAGGAGUCUCUCACCGACACACAGGAGGCGUGUCAAGAAACAGAUUAACGAAUCACAGAGGAGGAGGAGGAGGGACAGAGGGGGAGGAUGAAUAUGAAGGAUUCUCUAUCAUCAGCAGUGAGCCUCUGGGAGGAGGGGGAGGAGGGGGGAGGGAGUGUGACACCUUGUCCCUCCCUGGGGGACACAGACACAUUAGAGGAGCAGGGAGGGGAGGCGCGGCAGGGAGGGAGUACCCCGUCUCGGUCUCCUCCAAGGGGAGUGUCAGCACUCCCACCUCACCGCUCAAAGUCCCCCUGCCGCCCCUGGCAGUACCCCCCAGCCCGAACACACACGUUAAGUCCCAGGGGUAAGUUGUUGCUUUUUUUUUCUUACUUGGCUAAAAAGACACUUGUUUGCUUUAACUGUUCGCAACUUGACCAACUUGUCACAUCAAGUUAAACAUAUCUCCCCCUCCUCUCCUCCCCAGCUCUCUGAGCUUGUCUAAAGGUCAGGGGGUCAGUACAGAGGCGGUCCUCUCUGAGUCUGACCAGUCCAGUACAGAGACAGACAGCACAGUCAAGUCUCAGGAAGACAAGCCACCCCUCACCCCUCUGGACCCCCAGGAACUGGCCACCAGGAUCCUGGCAGAGACCCAGAGCCACAUGCAGGCUGUGGAGAGCCUCCAGAGGGCGAGGACAGGAAGGGCAGGCAAUGGGGGAGGGGAGAAGGGGCUAAGGGGACCAGAAUGUACACCUUCCUCAGCCCCCCUGACUCCGACCCUGACCCCCACCGGAGGUGGUUUGGGCUUCCGUUCGUCUGAGACUAGCGCUUUCAGCAGACCCAGUAGUAGAGCAAGCCUACAGGCCCGGGCUUCACCUCUCUCCCUCUCCAGCCCUCUCUCACCCCUCUCCACCCCUCUCUCACCCCUCUCCACCCCUCUCCUCUCCACCAGGCCCAAACCCCCCUCUCGUUGCUCGUCCUUACAGAAGAUCAGCUCCGGCUACAACAGCCCGGCCCUAUCCUCCCUCUCUCCCUCCCUCUCUUUCUCUCACCCCCAGUCCUCACCCUCCAGAACACCAGACCCCCACAUCCAUGCGCAGCUCAGACUUAAAUACCCCAGCUCCCCUUACACCCCCCACAUCUCACACUCCCCCAACAGCAUUUCCAUCUCCCCCAGCUCAGGCCACCCUUCCCCAGUCGGCAGCCUCCCGUCCUUGGCCGCAUCCCCAGCCCUCUCCUACUCCUCUACAGGCUCUACCUCGUCCCGCUCCAGCCCGGCUGAAACCCCUGACCUGGGCCGAUUGAAACAGGCAGGCCUGGUGGACGAUAGGGUCCAGGCCAUCCACAACCUGAAAACCUUCUGGUCCAAUGCUACCCAGAGGCAGGAGGUUCCUGGCCCAGGCAGAGUGCUCCAAGAUGGGGGGAAGAAGAUGAGCAUGGUUCAAAAAGAUGUCCUGGGGCUCCUCCACCUCUCUCCAAGAUAUGGGUCCACCAACCAGAACCAGGACGCUGAAGGGCCCCAGAGCCCCACCAACCCGCUUAACGGACAUCGAAAGCUGGGUUCAAAACGACCAGUGGCGCCUCCUCCUCAGACUGCUACGGACUCCUCCAGGGGAGGUAGUCCCGGAGCACCCCCACACCCUGUCAGACUGCCAUCUGGGAAUGGCUUC